AAUAUCUUUAAAGAUAUUUCUCAGAAAGUGACGUGGCAUUUUCUCUAUCUCUACCAAACUAUCCACACUACCUUUUCCUCUGCACUUUUCCGUGCCACGCCAUCUCAUUCGCCUAAAAAAUAUCUUCCCAGCGCACUCUCCGAGUAGCUUCCAAUCUCCACCGUCCAUUUUAACAUCUCUUUCAACGCCUCAGAUCACCACCGUCCCUUUCCCCUUCUCGCGUCUCAUUAAUUUCACCACUGACAUACAAAACAAAGAAGUCUUUCACAGUCUUCUUGUCGGAAACUCCACUCUCUCUCUCUCUCCUCAUCUCAUCGCCGGCGUUGCUACGGAUUCUUGAUUUCAAUACUCACCGUUAGUUUUUUUUUGACGUUUCCAUGGCUAAACGAUUAGGUUUGGGGAUUAAAAGAGUAACCUUUGUCUUGUCGUGACAUUAAGUGACUUUUAAGAGACAAAUUAGGCGGCUUUUGUAGGGACACGGUACCGGAACCCUUGUUCUGUUUUUUGGCAAUGGAAGUAUCAUAGCACUGUCUAUUUGUCUGGUUUAUUUUUGUAUUAAACUUUUAUUUUGUUUUUGUUUAGGGAAAAUUAGUCUUUGUGAUUAGUUAUUUUAGUGGGGGGGUUUAUCAGUAAUCUGAUGAUGGAUUUGAACGGGGAGUGUAAGGGAGGAGAUGGGUUUAUUGACAGAAGCAGAGUUAGAAUUUUGCUUUGUGACAAUGAUUCCAAGAGCUUGGGAGAUGUUUCCACCCUCCUUUCACAGUGUUCUUAUCAAGUGACUUCAGCGAAGUCAGCAAGGCAGGUGAUUGAUGCACUAAACGCAGAGGGGCCUGAUAUCGAUAUAAUACUUGCGGAAAUUGAUCUUCCCAUGGCCAAGGGUAUGAAGAUGCUGAGGUACAUCACUCGAGACAAAGAUCUUCGGAGAAUCCCUGUCAUAAUGAUGUCGAGGCAAGACGAGGUACCUGUUGUGGUGAAGUGCUUGAAGCUAGGUGCAGCUGACUACCUUGUCAAGCCUCUUCGCACCAACGAGCUUCUCAACUUGUGGACACACAUGUGGAGAAGAAGACGCAUGCUAGGACUUGCUGAGAAGAAUAUGUUCAGCUAUGAUUUUGAUCUUGUGGGAUCUGAUCCAAGUGAUCCAAACACAAACAGUACCAACCUCUUCUCUGAUGACACUGACGACAGAACUAUUAGGUCGCAGAGAGGAGCUUUAAGCCAUCAGGAAAAAGAGUGCCCUGUUGCUAAUGGUGCUGAUAGCACAGCCACUUCGGCUCCUCCUGUUGCUAUUAUAGAGCCUCCAUUGAAUCAUCUUCCUCGGUCUCAUCAUGAGCCUAAUCCAGAGAAAGUUUCUUCAGUGCCAAAGAAGAGUAGAUUGAAGAUUGGAGAGUCCUCAGCUUUCUUCACAUAUGUCAAGUCUACUGUCCUGGCUACCAACCGUCAAGAUCCUCCUCCCCAUGGCAAUGGAAACGGCUCACUUCAUCCAGUAAUGGCGGAGAAGCUUCAAGUGGUGGCCAAUGAGGUGAUCAACAACACCAAACAAACACGUAGAGGUAGAGAGACUGAGAAAAACUAUUCUCAAGGAGAGAACUUACAGAAUGGCGGCGUCACGGAACUUCAUGGUAGGAGUUACCAAGAAAGGAAUAUGAAUACUUCCCAGGUUGCUAUGAACAGAAGCAAGGACUCAUCUCAAGUUGCUGCACAAAAUGCCUAUCCUUACUAUAUGCAAGGGGUCAUGAACCAAGUUAUGAUGCAGUCAGCAGCCAUGAUGCCGCCUCAGUAUGGUCAUCAUCAACAUCCUCAUUACCCACCUAAUCAUCUCAAUGGAAUGUCAGGAGCUCCUUAUUACCACCACCAUCCCAUGAACACAUCGUUACAGCACAAUCAAAUGUCACAGAAUGGUCAGAUGUCUAUGGUUCAUUAUCAUCCGCCAUCUAACGAGGUGAGAGUGAGUAAACUUGACAGAAGAGAGGAAGCUUUGCUUAAAUUUAGACGUAAAAGGAACCAAAGGUGUUUUGAUAAGAAGAUUAGGUAUGUGAAUAGGAAGAAGCUUGCUGAGAGGAGGCCGCGUGUUAAGGGUCAGUUUGUUAGGAAAGUGAACGGGGUGAAUGUUGACUUAAAUGGGCAGCCUGACUAUGAUGACGAGGAAGAGGAGGAUGAAGAAGAAGAGGAGAAUAGGGACUCAUCUCCUCAGGAUGAUGCUCAGGGAACUUGAGAAACAUUGAGAACUGAAACCUUAUGUGGGUGUGGUUUAGUUAGUUGAUAAACAUAAGAUGUGUUUGACCAUGUUCACUCACAUUCAAUGAGUAAGUAAGAUGUAUAAACUUGUAAGAUGUAUAAACUUUUCUUCACCUUCCAGCAUCAUUUCCUUGAAUCUUGUU